AUGGAAAAACCUCAACUGCCGCCACUGAAAGCGAUUCUCGAAGGAAUGAGCCCUAUGCCAGACCGACCUACAGCAAUAGGAGGCCACCGUCGGAACCUGUCUUCAGAAUAUGACAGUAGUAGUAGCACUAGUGCGCUCUAUGCAUACCCCGACACGUACACACCGCUCGACCCACGGAAGCCCUCAAGAAUAUCGCACUCGCGUUCAUUAUCCGACUACACACAUCGCUUACCUACACCAGCACAUCCACCCUUGGCUUUUUCUUUUUCUCAUCACCAUCACCACCACCACCAUCAUCACAGCCUUCAUCCUCAUCGUUUCAACCCCAUUGGCAGCCACCCUUUUCACCCUCAUCAACAUAGACGUGCUAUAUCCACCAACGCAGCCGAAUUGAUGGCCCAACAUCCUCCACUAUCAUCAUCCCCGUCGACCUCUGGAUCGUCGUUUCCUCCUAUCCCACCAUUGGACGCCUCCACAUCCACAUCCACUACUGCUUCCACCAGCUGCAUCUCUCCCACCGCUGAAGAUUACGAAAGCGAAGGAUCUCGAGACGAAGAAGUCAAUACACCGACUGCAAUGAGCGCUAUGCCGAACCACAGCAACAACGCAACAUCAUCUACUGCAACAGCAACCAAAUACAAGUGCGCCUACUGUAGCAAGGGAUUCUCACGUCCAUCGUCGUUGCGGAUCCACAUUUAUUCACAUACGGGCGAAAAGCCUUUUGAUUGUCCAGAGCCAGGCUGUGGUCGUCGGUUUAGUGUUCAGAGCAACAUGCGACGGCACAUGCGUGUCCACCGCAUCGGCUUGGAGAAGCCAUGCAAAAAGCGAGCACAGAGGAUCGGCGUUGUGCCUAUUGCUCCUGCUAGUAGAGAAUUUGCAUAA